AUGCCAGCAGAACCGGACCAAGAGAAUCCGUCAGCAGCGCCAGGAGAAGCUACGGCACCGGAAGCACCGGCAGCACCCACUGCACCGGAAAGCCCUCCACCACCCCCAGCCCCGAAGAAGUUGCUCCAGCCGACGCCCAGCGCUGCUGCAAAGUGGGGCUGGUGGCGUAACAGCCGCGUCGUCCCGGAGCCCGAUGCGGGCACCUUCACCCGACAUGUGGUCCGCUUCAAGGACGGGUUGCAGCUGGGGCCCCCGCGCGUGGAGAGGGUUUGGAUGGGCACAGCGGAAGGUGCGCAAGGCUCGGGCUAUGCCAGCUCGCUCCCAAGCCCGCCCGCUGCGCCACCCGCCCCCAGCACACUGCCAGCCCUUCCAGAAGCCAUGGGCAGUGCACCCAUCGUGGUGGUGGCUGUUUCUUCCCAGGGCAAAGCGCGACAAUCCGGAGUACUCCCGGGUUUUACACUCCUCGCCCUGAACGGACACGACCUGAAAGGCGGGCAGUUGACACUUUUGGGGGAGGAGCUGCUUCCAUCCCUGGCACGCUCAGCCCUGGGUCAGACGCGACUGGAUUUCAUGGAUCCCCUCCCGCAAUCGCAUGGGGUGCCCAGUUUGGGAGAGAAGCUGGCUCGGCGUCCCCUUUUCAGCCCAGGUAUUCGUGCCUGA